CGGGAGGGGACGCGACGGAAACGCGGAGUUGACAGAGAAGAACCCUGAGGUCGGAAUCUCAGGUCUCAGAUUACAGAACGAACAGUCACAAUCAUCUCGUGGUCGAGAAACCAGAAGUUCAGUGUCAACCAGUAAUUGACUGGCACAAGGACCUACAACAUGACAGAACCCGAGCUCAGCUUUUCUGACUCUCAAUUCAUUGUUUCAGAGAGGGAAGCCUUGGAAGAGAAGUGUGCAUGCUGAGAUGGGCAAAAGACAUGUAAAGUCCAGUCUUGUCUUCAGUAAGGCCAGAAUUGAGGCCACCGCCCAGAAUUUCUGUUCCAUAUUACAGUACAGCCCCGUCAAGCAUCCUGAGUGUGGAGUCUGCAUGGCCCAGGGCCAUGGCUGCUUAAGGCCACAUGGCUGUGGAAAGAGAAUGGGUGAGCUCACAGGAGAGAGAACAGAUUCCUUAUAUUAAAUGGCAGGAGGGGUGGGUAAACUUAGGGAUAGUGAAGACAACAACACAUUGAUCAAGAACUUUCUUCAUAUCUCAGAACCCAUCCUCAGUAAGAAUGUCUGAGAGGGUUGACUGGUUACAAAGCCAAAAUGGGGUGUGCAAAGUUGAUGUCUAUUCACCUGGGGAUAGCCAACCCCAGGACUGGAAAAUGGAAGCCUCAACUGAUCCUGUCAGAGUGCUCAGCUGGCUCCGCAAAGACCUGGAAAAAACUACAGCAGGGUUCCAAAGUGUUAGGUUCAAGCCUGGAGAAUCAUCACCUGAUGGGGAAAUGACCAACUCAGAAGACCCACAGAAGGGUUUCUCUGUGGACUACUACAAUAACACCAACAAGGACAAUGCAGGGAGAUUUCAUUUUGAGAUGACUCACAAAGAAAACCCUCUCCCAGGUUCCGGUGCCCAAGAUGAUAAUGGGAGUACAGUGGAUGAAGUUUCCUUCUAUGCUAACCGCCUCACAAAUUUAGUCAUAGCCAUGGCCCGCAAGGAGAUCAAUGAAAAGAUCGAUGGCUCUGAGAACAAAUGUGUCCAUCAGUCAGUGUACAUGGGGGAUGAACCCCCCCCUAGCAAAAGCCUGAGUAAGGUGGCAUCAGAGCUGGUGAAUGAGACUGUCUCUGAAUAUUCCAAGAAUACUACCUCAGAUAAGGUUCCUGGCUCUGGUGACAGAGUCUUUGAAUCAUUGCAGAGUCCCUCAAAUUUGAGAUAUAAGACCUCCCUGAAGAUCAAUGAAUGCAAGGGUCCAGAUGGCAAGCCUAGUUCUAAGAAGUCUUUCUUCUAUAAAGAAGUGUUUGAAUCUCAUAAUGCAGGUGAUUCCAAAGAGGGUGCAAGGUCCUUACCUGGGGAGAGAAAGAUGUUCAAAGGGCAAGAAAGGCCUGAUGAUUUUACAACUUCUGUUAGUCAAAAGAUCAUGACCUAUGCUAACAGUGUGGUGUCUGAUAUGAUGGUCUCCAUAAUGAAGACUCUGAAAAUCCAAGUGAAGGACACAACCAUUGCCACCAUCCUGCUGAAGAAGGUACUACUUGGGCAUGCAAAAGAGGUAGUCUCAGAUCUCAUUGACUCCCUCAUGAAGAACCUCCACAAUGUCACAGGGACCCUCAUGACUGAUACAGACUUUGUCUCGGCUGUGAAAAGAAGUCUCUUCUUUCAUGGAAGCCAAAAGGCCUCAGAUAUUAUGGAUGCUAUGCUGUGGAAGCUAUACAGUGUGAUGUUUGCCAAGAAACCUCCUGAGAAUAUCAGGAAAACCAAGGACAAGUCUGAGAGUUAUUCCGUGGUCUCCAUGAAAGGAAUGGGUGGUCCUAAAAACCAAAAGGUAAAUUUUGCAACAAUGAAAUCUGAAGGUAAAUUGAAGGAAAGAAUGUACUCUCCUCCAUGCAAACCAGAGAAGACUUGUGUUGAAACUUUGGGUGAACACAUUAUCAAAGAGGGCCUGAGUUUAUGGCAUAAAAGUCAGAAUAAAGAAGGAAAAUCUCCAGAUUCUCAGUGUGCAACAACUCCCAGCAACCAGUAUGACCCUCCCCCAGACUUUCCGCUGGAAUAUCCUCUGGAUACUUGCAAUUUCAUCCCCCCUGUGCAUCACCUAGAGAACCCUGAGAAUUUUAUGUGUGAUUCAGACUCCUGGGCCAAGGACCUGCUUGUAUCUGCAUUACUUCUGAUUCAAUACCACCUGGCCCAGGGAGGAAGCAUGGAUGCACAGAGCUUCCUUGAAGCUGCUGGUAGAACCAACUUUCCUACCAACAAGGCCCCUGUAGUUUCUGCUGAGACCAACCUUAAGUCUUCACAUAUGGAAGGUAACCAAGAGGAAACAGAGAAGAAGGAUCUAAUGAGUGUUUUCUUCAACUUUAUCAGGAAUUUACUUGGUGAGACCAUUUUCAAGAAUGACUCUGAACCCAAGGUGCCAGAACAACCAAUAAAGGAAGACCUAUGUGAAAGACCUGUACCCCCUUGUCCCAUCAAAGUGAGUGAAGGUGAUGAGUCUGGUGGUACUCUUGCUGGGCUGGCCAAGAUGGUCACGAGCCACAUGAAUGGGCAGAUGAUAGAACAUCUGAUGGACUCAGUGAUGAAGUUGUGUGUCAUUAUUGCUAAGUCCUGUGACUCUCCCUUGGCAGAGCUGGGAGAUGAUAAAUCUGGGGAUGCCAGCAGGCCAGCUUCAACCUUCCCAGAUAGUUUCUAUGAGUGCUUACCAGUCAAGGGCACAGGGACAGCAGAGGCUGUCUUGCAGAAUGCCUAUCAAGCUAUCCAUAAUGAAUUGAGAGGUGUAUCGGGACAGCUCCCUGAAGGGUGUGCAUCCACCAAAGUGGUUGUCAGCAAUCAGAACCUAAUUGAUACAGUUCAGAACAAGCAACUCCAAGCCGUACUUCAAUGGGUAGCUGCCUCUGAGCUCAAUGUCCCUAUUUUGUACUUUGCUGGUGAUGAUGAAGGAAUCCAAGAGAAGCUACUUCAACUUUCAGCUGCCGCUGUGGACAAAGGACGCAGCGUAGGGGAGGUUCUGCAGUCAGUGCUGCGCUACGAGAAGGAGCGACAGCUGGAUGAGGCGGUGGGAAACGUUACACGGCUGCAGCUGCUGGACUGGCUGAUGGCGAACUUGUGAUGGGAACCCACCCACUGCUUUCCCCUUUUCCAGAAGUGGGCCCAGCCUUGCCCCCUCCCUUCAUUUUCAUUUCCACAGCUCCCCUCUCUAUAUCCUCACAGAGCCCUAACAUUAUCUUCAUCCCACUCACAUCAAAGACAUGUCAUCUUAUGCUAGUCACUGGAUUUUGCAGAUU